AUGGACCGUCUCCCGGGCACAGGAGGACAGGACCUCGACCUUCAGCUGGUGGCUUUCCCAAUGGGCACCUUUCGCCAACAGGCCAUUUGAACCUGGACAAAGAUGGACCUGUGGGCUUGGGCCCCACUGACCUUUCCUUUCCUCAGGUUCAGCUCCCAUUGCCCCCAGUCCACCCCCAAUUCUCUCUGCAGAUUGACACCCUCAUCAUCUUUAAUAAGUGAUGGGGGGAGAGGCAUCAGCAUGACUUAGUUUAUGGGGUUCAUGAAAAGCUCCACAGCCAUUUACAAGAGUCAAAUACAAUCCUAAUAAUAAACAUCUCCUUAAGGGGAUCGAGGGGGCCCUGUGGGCAAUGCCGUGUAACAUCAUGACGUCAUGCGUGUGAUGCUGUGUGAAGUGCAUGACAUCAUGCGUGCGACAUUGCUCAACACCUUGAAUCUUCUGUCUUCUUUGGUGAUCCCUCGUAGCCGAGUAAGAUUGUCUUCCAUAAACACGGUUUUAACAGUGACUUUGGAGGCCAAUUCUGGAUCCACACGUCCUUCCACACUGGGGACAUUGGUUUCUGGGUGGAAGUUGAUCACGGCGAGGGUUUGCCAAGCGUGCCUUCCUCUUAGCACGAUUGUCCCUUUUGUCCUGAGUUUGAGCGUCUUCAAAGCCCAGGACACCUUUGGUCAAGGCUGUUCUCCAACUGGAGCGCUCACAGGCCAGUGUUUCCCAGUUGUCGGUGUUUAUACUACAUUUUUAAAGAUUUGCCUUGAGCCUUUGAACCUCUUUUGUUGACCACCAGCAUUACACUUUGUGAGAACACCCUGAAUAUUAGGAGGCUCGUCCCCCUCAGCCCCUGCCAGGCAUCAUUCUGUGCACUUCUCAGUAUAGUAUGGUGCUGAUGAUGUCAAGGUUGCAAGUUCGAUGGAGCAGCUGCAUAUUCCUGCAUUGCAGGGGGUUGGACUAGAUGACCCUCGGGUCCCUUCCAACUCUAGAAUUCUCUGAUUCUGCGACCCUCUCGUGCGCUCGCCUUUUCUCUAAGCUGCAAAGCGCCCGACGCGGCCACCCACCGCCCAAACCAGCUGCUGGUUCUCCAGGCACCCACUGGGGGAAAAUCUUGUCCUGCCCAUUCCAAGCAGAAGAGGACCUAAUUCAGCUGCUACUUUCAUUUUCCCUUCGGAGAAGCAGCUCGUCUCUCGCUCCCGUUCACUGCAGGAAAACUCAAACCGGCGUGGAAGACGACGCGGGACGAGGAAGGAUCUGCAGAAGCAGCUGAGGAGGUGAGGUCUGCCAUCUGGGAAGGGCGGAGUGGUGGAGAGAAGGAGGGAGAGAAGGAUCUCGUUGCAAAGGGAGCCCCUGCUGCAAGAGGACCCGGGAGACGCCCCUUGUCUGGCGGGCAGCCCUUGGCAGCCUCUCCGCGCUCCUGGGCGCACCUUCCUCGCUCAGAAGCAGCUCCGUUCAAUAUGUCCAGACAUACCAGGCUGGGCCCCUGCCAUCAAGCUUCCUAGGGAGGCAGCAGCUGGGUUUAGCCUGUUGCAACAAAAGGCAAGGAAGGAUCCCUGUGGAGGAUCCUUAAAGGCUGAUCGACCGACUGUGGCUUAAGAAUGCGCCCAAACUGGGGCUUCUCUUCCACCACAAAUAGGAACAGGGCAGUUGCAGGCUUGUUUUUGUCAGGGACACUGUCCUCUUUCUGGCGCUUGCUGAAAUUAUUCCUUACACUCCCAACCAUUACCCAAUGAAAAUAGGGACGUCCUAUCACAUAAUAAUAUUAAUAGUUGUAUUAUUUGUACCCAUCUGACUAGGUAGCCCCAGACACUCAGGGAGGCUUCCAACGUGUAUAUAAAAGCAUAACCAAACUUUAAACAGCUUCCCUAUCCAGAUGUCUUCUAAAGGUUGUCUGGUUACUUAUAUCCUUGGCUCGUGGGUUCCGUAACUCCAGGCCCUCCAACAUUUCUCCGAAAUCCUGAACCUGGAUGUCUCUGUUGGUUAGAGCCAAGGUUGCAGGUUUGAUCCCCAUAUGGGGCAGCUGGAUAUUCCUGCAUUGCAGGGGGUUGGACUAGAUGACUCUCGGGGUCCCUUCCAACUCUACAAUUCUAUGAUUCUAAGGAAAAGUGGGACAUUCUGGGAUCACAUCUGAAACCGGAGGGGCUUGUGUAAAUCUGGGACUGUCUCUGGAACAUAGGGACACUUGGAACGCCUAUUAAUCUUGUUUAGACAAGCCUAUUCAGAUGCUUAGAAAGCUGGCGAGACUUUUAAUCUGUUUUUAGCUCUUGUCAUUUUAACUUUUUAACUCAGCUUUAAAGUCAUUGUUAAUUCUUCUUGAUGGUGAUUUUAUCUUUUGGCAAAAUGCUUUGAGGUUCUUCUUUUUUUUUACAAUCAAGGGGUGCAUAUUUUUAUGAAAUGAAUAAAUUAAGCAAACACUCCACCAGAAUAUAAAUUUCAUUAUUUGAACCCCACACGCCUGACUGGGUUGCCCCAGCUACUCUGGGCAGCUUCCAACAGAUCUAAACACAUAGAUAAAACAUCAAAUGUCAUAUAAAGCCUUAUAUGUUUAGACUGAUGUUUGCCAGGCGCUCAUUUCAGGGUGAGGAGGGUGUUCUUCUGCUUGCAAUAUGUGAAAAUAAUAUUUGAAAUUAAUAAUAAUAAUGUUUUAAUUUGAAUUCUGUUUAAGUGCCACCUGAGGAAAGAGCCACAGCGUUUGGGCACAGUUCAGUGGGCAUUUCCUUUCUCAUUGCUUGCAAAAUAUUCUGAACAUUUUUAUGUCUGAAAUGUGCUGUUUCUCAUUUGAGAUACCACAUGUCUGAACUAGGGGUGGGGUGCUGGGUUUGCAGAUGGAAGGCUGCCUGAGAAGAUCAUCUUGAUUUCUUGCCAUUUUUUUCAGGGGAAGAUGGACGGGACCAGAGGAGGUAAGGAAGGGUUCCAGUGACUCAGAGGCAGAUUGACUGCUUGGGGUGGGGUGGAUUAUUCCAGAUCUAUUUCACAGGAGCUUUUCAUGGCAUCCCCAAUGACGUUUAUUUUAUUUAUUUGCAGAAAAAAUAUUGUUAUACCAAUGUGCAAUAUUUUGGCAUUUGGGGAGGUGGGCGGUGCCUGGCUGGGAUGCCAUCCUGACGCACAUCUGCAGGAACCUAGAAAGAUGCCCUCGGCUGCAUCAGGCCACUGGUUCACCCGGCUCAUUCUUGCCUGCACUGACCAGAGCUGGGAAAAGGAACUAGCGCUUGUUCAAAUUCAAGAUGCAUAACAUAAAUCCCUGCAUACAGUGAUACCUCGGGUUACAUACGCUUCAGGUUACAUACGCUUCAGGUUACAGACUCCGCUAACCCAGAAAUAGUACCUCAGGUUAAGAACUUUGCUUCAGGAUGAGAACAGAAAUCAUGCUCCGGCGGUGUGGCAGCAGCAAGAGGCCCCAUUAGCUAAAGUGGUGCUUCAGGUUAAGAACAGUUUCAGGUUAAGAAUGGACCUCCGAAACGAAUUAAGUACUUAACCUGAGGUACCACUGUAUUUUACAAAAACUAAACCAUUCAGUAUUCCAUUAUUGCAUCCAUCAAAACUUAUUUACACUGUUGAAUUUAUCAGGUGUAACACAAAUGUUUCCCAAUCUGUUCUUCUUCUGCUUUUAUUUAUACAUGUGUACACUUUACAUAAGGGAUGCGGGUGGCGCUGUGGGUUAAACCACAGAGCCUUGGACUUGCCGAUCAGAAGGUCGGCGGUUUCCGUGCGCUGCUCUGGUUUGCCAGAAGCAGCUUAGUCAUGCUGGCCACAUGACCCGGAAGCUGUCUGCGGACAAACAUCAGCUCUCUCGGCCAAUAAAGCAAAAUGAGCGCUGCAACCCCAGAGUCGGUCAUGACUGGACCUAACGGUCAGGGGUCCCUUUACCUUUACCUUACGCUUUACAUAUGCAUUCAGUCUCUCUGAGGAUCAGAAAACAAUAUAAUUCUCAACAAUCACAUAUUAAGAGGGAUCCCACCAGAAGUGGUUGCUCUGAUAUUUUUGCUGACCAGCUCUUUGCUGUCUUUCAAAACCCGCAGGAAAUAGGAGAGAACUGAGGAUUGUCCUUGUGGGCAAGACUGGAGGCGGCAAAAGCGCCACAGGAAACAGCAUCCUUGGCCAGAAGCUCUUUGAUUCGAAACUUCAGGCCAGGACAACCACCUUGUCCUGCCAAAAGGAAUCUUGCACUUGGAGAGGCCAUCCUGUGUCCGUGAUUGACACAGCGGAUAUUUUGGGCACCGGAGAUUGUGAUGAAAGGCUGGACCAGGAGACCAAGCGCUGCCUUGACCUCUCUCAGCCUGGCCCUCACGCGCUCGUGUUUGUGACCCAGGUGGGCCGCUUCACUGCGGAGGAUGAGGAGGCAGCCCAGCGAGUCCGGGAGAUGUUUGGGACGGAGGCCAUGAAGCACACCAUCCUCUUGUUCACCCGCAAAGAAGCCUUAGAAGGCGACUCCUUGCGGGAUUACGUGAUGCAGUCAGAUAACAAGGCUCUCCAGAAGCUGGUCCAAGAAUGCGGAGGGCGCUUCUGCGCUUUUAAUAACAGGGCGGCAUUAGGAGAACGGGAGGACCAGGUCUCUGAGCUGAUGGAGAUGGUCCUGGAGAUGGUCGAGGGAAUGAAGAGCCAUACCUGGAGACGCCAUCCAUGGAGGCAGCGCUUGGAUCUUACAUGGCGGAAGGCAGGAAAAGGGCCAAGGGAGAGGGGAAAGGGAAAGCUCACAAGGGUUUCAGCUACAGAAAAGUAUUUAUCGCCUUAUGCGUGUGUGGUGCAGUGCUUUACUUUUUUCUUUAUAAUCGUUCCUCUUAAUAUCUCCCCUUUAGCAAAGCUGGGGAUUUUUAAAGCCAGCCCACCAGCUUCUUAUGAGGUGUCAGGAGAAAAACAAAUAAACUAAUGAACAAACCGGAUUGUCUGGGUGCAAUGUCCUAAGAAUCACCUGCUUAGUAUUUUAUUUGCUAUUGUAUCAGUUGCAAUGCCCCUGUGACUCUGGACAAACAGAAACAACAGAGCAUGUUCUUCUCCACUGCCUAUAUUACAGAGACAUUUGUAUUAGCCUCCUCUCCCCAUUACACCACAAGUACCCCAAGGUGCACAGGACAAUUUUAUACCUCCCUGCUGCUGUCAGAUCCCAACCCUGCUACAACAUACAACGUUGCCAGAUUCUGCACAGCAGCGCUCAAGAUCCAUCGGAUGAUGACCUGCACCACAAACUAGAUUUCAUGAACACUCACAUCAUAGUGCUCUCUAAACUGAUAGUUGUAGUCUUUUAUAUACUAAUCUUUUAUGCUCCUCCACAUCCGUUUAAUGCUCCUAACCCCUCCUUUAGUUUCUUUUAGAUUCUUAUAGUCUUUUAAAUAUAUGGUACAGAAUGCUCCCCAUGCAUGGUGAAUAGGCUGAACGUGAUUUCUGGAAAGGUUUGCACCUCUAGAGGUGGAAAUCAGGCAGCGGACUUGCAGCAUGAUUUUGCAUGAGUGAUGGAGGGGGGGUGCCUGAGAGAGGAUCUCCCACCCCCUUCCUUGCCCAGCUGCAACACAACAGCCCUGCAGUGCUGCCCGUGGGUCUUAUUCUCUGGGGGUUGCUGCUUUCAGCUCAGAUGCAGAGGGACCUGGGGAGCACCAAAGCAAUUACUUAAAAAAUAAAUGAAUCUCCUAGCCAGUGAACCCUGCGCUUUUGGGUCCAAGGGCACCCAAACUGCUGGGGAGAACAGGGCCAGCUUCCAGGUUGUCCUGGGCCUUUCUUGGUUUUCAGAACAACAGAGAAUCUGGGAAUGGCCUUCAACUGGGUGGCUGUUGAAGGUUCAUCAGAGUUACUUAGCAGAAGUGGCUCACUAAAGCAGACGACCUAGAAAAAGGAUUUGGCGGACUUCAUUCCCGCCUGCUCUUAUACCAGGAAUGAGGCCGCAAAAGUGCCUUAAAAUUCAAGUCACAGGGAUGUGCGGAGCUUCUUGGCUCUGAAACGGGGAAGACCCCAAUAAUCCCCUCCUCUGCGCUGGCUGAGAAAUCAGUGGGGCUCGGAGGUGGGGCGGGGUGGGUGGGUAGAGAGGGUGCACCCAAUCCCCGCUCAGCCAAGAAGUUCACCGGGUGACUUGGGCUCCGUCACUGCCUCCCCUCCGUCAGCCUGGGACCCUCAUGCAUCCCCUGCUUUGGAGACGCGAGGGAGCGCAAUGCUUUCCCCUCCCUUCCGCCCCCGCCCCAUUCACAAGCCAGAUCCUCAAGGAAUUUGAGCCUUUCUCCAGGAUCAGGGAAGCCCCAGGAGGGAGCUCGGGAUGCAGCAGGAGGAGCAGUUCUCGUGGAAUUGGAGAGCUUCCUCCUUCUCGGCAGCGAAAGAAGACAAGCGCUGGAUCGCACCUCUUGGGGAGCCCAGGGAAGCAUCCUGACUCUUGAUUUUGCGCGUGUGCGUGUGAAGGGGAGGUUGCAUCUCUCUCCUCCCCACCUGCCCCUGGCUCGCCCGGUUGCAGAGCCCUAGUCCUGUAACUCCGGGCAACCCAUCCUGAAGGGGUGGGGGUGGCGGCGGCGGCGGAGGAAACAGCUUCUAAGAUCUCGGGCUGGCUGAGGAAGAGGUUUGAAGGGCGGCGGGGUCCCUGCAAGACUGCCCCCCUCCGCAAGCCAGAAGGGGUGGGUGAUGGGGAGGCAAGGCCCCCACUCCUUGGGCUAAGACGUCCCAGGCCCAUCUCCACUCCCCGGAGUGGGAGAUUUCACUGCACUUCAACCCCUGCAUGCGCGCAGCCACGCGCACGUGGGAAUUCAACCCAGUCCCGUGUACACCCGCCACCCUCGCGCGAGUCAGCGGCCAUAUCUCCGUUCUCAGCGGCUCCCGCCCAAGUUCAUGUUUUUCUAAAACUCCAGAAGAGGCUGGCGGUGCUGCUUGGGCUGCGCUUGGCCCGGGGUGCGAGUUGCAAGCCGGUCUGGUCCUCCUCAGGCCCCCGCAUUCUGCCAAAGAGACUCAGCAGGGGGAGGCGGGGGCUGUUGCUGCCCUGCUGCUGCACCCCCAGAAUUAUUCCUCGGCCUUUGGAUUCCCUCUCCGCCCACAAAAGGAUCUUGCCAAGUGAGGGGGGGGGAGGCCAGAAGAUGCUCUGGGAGCAGAGCCCCCCCCCCCAGGGGGUGCGCAGAUCAGAAGAGACGCCUGGCCGGAGAGAGGGAAGAAUGGGAAGAAUCCAGACCCGGAACCCUGUAAUAAAUGCCUUGACAAUAUAUCUGUUAGCGUUCUUAUAACGUUAAACAGGUCAGUGUAGAUCCAGCCUCAGAGUCCCUGCACUUAGCAAAAAGGAUAUGGGGGGGGGGGGCUGCUUAUACAGAGAUCUAAGGCUAAACAGGAGCUGCUGUGUUGCCCCUUCAUUUAGGGAGGAUUACUUGGGUACCAAUACAAAUUUUCUUUUGUCCUUCUUCAGUUCGCUCAUCAUCUCCUCCUCCUCUGGCAGCAGAGCCUCCUUAUUUGCAAUCUUCUGUAUGAUCUCUGCUUCUUUCUUCACGUCCUUCAGCAACUGAAUCCUUUUCUGAUAUCCAAGCUUGCAUUCCUCCUCUUCGGAUGCAAUGAGCAUGUCGAUGUAUUCUGGAGUGGAGAGCGGGUUGGGCUUCAGGGCAAUUUCCUGCAGGCGCCGCAGGCUUUGAGACGCUCUCUCAAUGUUUCCGAACAAAUUUUCUCUUACCUCGAUGUACUCCUGUCUGAGGUGCGAAAUCAGCUCCUCCGCUGUCAUAACCCCACGGCGGGCAUCCUCGUACUUUUUCUUCAGCUCCGCAUAUGUCUUCUUCUCUUUCCUUAUUUCGUCCUUAAAUUGGUAAUCCUGGUUGCGGUGGUCGCUGACUGAGCACUUGCCGGGACAAACGUUGCAUUUUCCUGAGAAGAAACUGAUAGCGGAGCAAAAGCGGUUCAGCAGGUCCCAUGUAUGCCAGCAAGGAUAGUGGCAGGUGACCUCACAGUUCUUGCAGUUGGUUGCAUAUUGAUGAGCUCCAGAGAGAUCUUGCUUCACUUUGACGGUGACUGGGAGCUCAUACUCAAAAUCUCUGUUGGCCGCCAUGUCAGCUUUGUGCUGGUCAAGGGCUUGUUCUGUUUGCUUCAGUUCUUCCAGUUUGACCAGCCCGGUUUUGAUCUGGGGCAGCAGGCCCUGCACAACCGUCUCCAACUCUUUCCGCUCCCUGAGAACUUCCUUCGUCAAAGACAAACUCCUCGCGUUCAGUUUGCUUAGCGAGUCAAAGUAGGUCUUCAUGCUGAUCGUACCCAUUUUCCAAAACAUUUCGUCAAAGUUAGGGCUCUCCCCGUCCCCCACGACAUUGUUGGCAAACAGGGCGGAAUUGUUGAAUUUGAAAUGCACGGGGUUCCCCUUGCCAUCUUUGGCGCAUGGAACGUUGGCCGUCUUAAUGGCCUCAAGGACCAGGGGAGUCUGUGAAUCUGCAAAGGUGAUCAGGAACUGGAUGUUCUCCUUGAUAUCUUUCCCAAAGAUGGAGAGCACGGAAUCAAAGACGUAUUUCUCGGCUGCUGUUAAGCGGUUUGUAGAAGCCUUGACCACAAAGCAGACACAAUCGAUGUGGUCAAUGCCUCCUGGGAUGGAGAAAACUCCCGGAUCUUCUCCACUAACUUUUUGUCCUGUUCUAUUCCUCUCGUGUCUCCGAAUCCUGGAGUGUCAACAAAAGUGAGGGAGCAAGGGAUCUUGAGACCCUCUUGAUAGUUCACCACAUAAGCCAUCACUUCGUAUGUCUGGCUUUCUGCUUGGUUUCUGCCUGUCAUUUCAUGAAUAAGUUUGAACCGGAAUUCGUCUCCCCAUUGCACGCCCAGGAUGUAGUUGAUCAUCCCAUUGAUGAGAGUGGUUUUUCCUGAUCCAGACGCUCCCAUCAUCAUGAUCACUUUGUUGGCGAUCUGCAAGUUCUCUUUGCCUAGAUGGUACUUUGGAGAUGUUUUAGACUCCGUUUUCAGUUUUAAUGCAUAAACAGAAGGGUCACCCUUUUUACAAGGUUACUCACUUUGAGAUAUUUCUGAGGUGGUUUGUUCUCACUUGUUUCCUGUGUUCUGGAAGACGCCAUCUUCUUUUUAACAAACUUGCUGUCACAAUUAAAAGAGAAACACAUGCAUUAGAAAAAUAAAUGUACUCUUCUUCCUAUCAUUAUCUUUAUGAUUUUAUCACUUUCAACACACGUUGAACGUACAAAAUGCAAUAAAAACAGUUCAAAAACAUUUUAAAACAAAUAGCAGCAACUUUAAAAUUAGAAACCCCAAUACCAAGCAGACCGUCAAGGCACAAACUUCCUUCAUCCGGCUGUGAAGGCUUGUUGGAACAGAAAGAUGUCUUCUAUUUUUUUCUGGGUGCCUGUCCUAUCUUGACAGAAAUGCUGUUCCACAGAUCAGAGGCAGCCACACUAAAAGCCCUGCUCUGAUUUACCAGUUAGAACCUGGGUGCAUAUCUCGGGUAAGAAUUUCUCAGUUAUCAAAGAAACAAACAAAAUCAGGACUGUCCCAAGUCGGAACAUUCAGGUGUGAUUCCAGCAAUGCAGAGGAUCGGGCCCCUUCCAACUCUGCAAUUCUAUCACUCUAUGAUUUGGAGCAUAUUUUGCUUACAUGCACACGAUCCCACCACAAAUGGUAGUUAAGAACCUUUCACAUUGGAAACCCAUCAGCAAAAGGGGGAGCAGCACCCUUUCAGCAUGUGGUUUAGGCGUAUUGGGGUUUACAUAUUGUUUUUAGUGAAUGUUGAUGAAUCCGACCAGUUUCUUUUCUUUUCUUUUCUUUUUAAUUGAAAUGUUUUUAUUGUUAAAAUAAUUCAAAAUUAAUACACAUAUAUUACAAAUAUACAAGCAUACAAACAUACAUUUCAUACAACAUACCUACAUACCUACAACAUACUGUUACGGACAUUACCAGGGGGGGCACAUCUUUAAAGUUAAAUAUUACAAAUAUUAUGCCUGAAUGUAUCCUUUCAACUUGACAGCUCAGGAAGUUUCCUAGCUUUAAAAAUAAUAUAAAAUCAUCUCCUUUCCCAGUUUCCUCCAUUCCAAAGCUAUUUUCCCCUUGAAAAAGGACUCCAGGAAGUUCUCAGAGGUGACAAUUGCUGAGCUCAUUGUUAGCCAAAGGAAGCCAAAUCUCAUCACCUGACUCGCCUCAGGCUCCAGACAUGCAAAGGAACUUCUAUUGUACUUUUGGGUGGUGGGUACUUAAGACGUAUUUGUCUAUGCUAAUCUUAUACCCGAAUCUUGCCCUGCCAUGUCUGCUUAUGCUAAUCUUGUACCAAGGACAUGUCUGGACAUGUUUGCCAAGGUUAACCCCUCCACUUUUUUGACAUACGAAUUGUAUUCUGGGAUAUGGUGGGAAAGUUUUAAAAGUCUUUGUCACCCCAUCCUCGGGGUUCAAAAUUUGCUCUUUGAACCUAUUGCGCAAUAAAUUUGGUCUACAGCUAUUUGCUCCGGUUGGCUGGACUCCUUCCUUUAUUCCGCAGGGACCCGCGGGCUCUGCCCGGCGAGGCUGGGUGACUGAGCAGCCUCGCUCCUGGAUUUUUCCCUAACAAUACCUACACUCAAUCCCACAGAUAAUUCCUUUUCCCAUCACCAUCCACCACCCCUCACCCCACCUUUGUGUUAGACUUCCAAUCUACUCAACUGAAAUUUCUUUCCACUUCUAUUACCGUAUUUUUCGUCCUAUAAGGCACACCGGCCCAUAGGACGCACCUCGUUUUUUGGGGGGGGAAAUGAAUAAAAAAAAAUUAUUUCCCCCCCAGCCGCGGCUGCCGCCCCAAGCCUUGCACACCUGCCCGAAGCACGGGGCGCCCUCUGGAGGGCGCCCCGUGCUUCGGGCAGCAGGCAGCUGCCCAGCAGGCCUUGUGAGCCCGCGGGAACUCCCGCCGGGCUUGCAAGGCUUGCGGAUAGCUUCCUGAAGCCUGGAGAGCGAGAGGGGUCGGUGCGCACUGAUGCCUCUCACACUCCACGCUUCAGCGAGCCUGCAUUCGCCCCAUAGGACACACACACAUUUCCCUUCAUUUUUGGAGGGGAAAAGUGUGUCCUAUGAGGCGAAAAUACUGGUACUUUCUUUCACACACCUUUAACCUAAUUUCAUACUUCUUUUUCUAUUAUACAUUGUUAUCCAUCUUAUUUAGUAUUUCAGUAUUUAAAACAGAACUUGUUUAUUCUAAUAGGAGUUCUGAUUUUUCGAUAUGGUUUUGCAAGUAUCUUUUAAACACCUUCCAGUCCCUGUCUGCCUUCUCUUUUGAGAUCCUUCCAAUUUCUCCCAUUGUUUUGGAUAUAUUGUAGUACUCCAAUAAUUUGGCAAGCCACUCUAUUUUUGUCGGUACAAUACCACUUUUCCAAUUUUUCGCAAUCAAUAGCCUUGCGGCUACUGUUGCGUAUAAAUAUAAGGUCUUGUCUUCUUCCUUUAGGCUUCCUAGUACUAUUCCCAAUAGAAAACCUUCUAGUGUUUUCCUAAAUGAAUAUCUGAACAUUUGAAUAUCUGAACAUGAUGCAUAUAUGGUGGAAUUGUUUAAACAUCAAACAAUUUUGGGAAACAAUAUAUAACGAAAUGAAAAAAAAAGGAAAAAAAAUGUUCGAAUCCGGCCAUUUUCAAUGCACUUCCUUUUCUCAUUAAUUGAUGAAAACUGGUAAAACAAACAAACAAAGGGAAUGCACAGAAAUGUCCAGAAGAUGGUCCACAGCCGCCUGCCCCCUCCCUCCUGCAAGGAAGCAACUGGCAGCAGCAGAGGUGCUCAGCAUCUUAGGAAGGUGCUGUCAGGGAACUGCCAUCGGACGGAAGGGAGGUGAAAGGGCUCACACAGGUUGGGAGAGACGCAGCAGCUGAAGAGGGAACCAGCAGGGAGGUGAAAGGGCUCACACAGGUUGGGAGAGACGCAGCAGCUGAAGAGGGAACCAGCAGGGAGGUGAAAGGGCUCACACAGGUUGGGAGAGACGCAGCAGCUGAAGAGGGAACCAGCAGGGGAGAGGAGCUGAGCUGGAGGGAUGGCUCAGAGACACUUCCAGCGAAAACAGUGGGGAGGUUUCAGGACCUCCUGUAAGAACACCCACUCCUCGCCGGAAACUGUCACGCAGAGAUUCCAGAAGACGUGUUUCCGUUAAGGAGCUUUUAUGUUGGAAGCGAUUACGAAAGCAACCACUGUCGGAAUCUGCUAGUGACUAGAGGUGCCAUGUCUGAGGGGGCUCCGUCACAGACAGAGGUUUGUGGACUUGAACAAACUCUGAGGGGAUACGCUUUUACGCACAAGCAGCUCAUCAUCCCAUCACAGCAUUCCGACAGUCUUUGAAAGCAGCUUGUGCAGGAGAAGGCAUCAUGAGCAACCCAGCCGGAACCGGAGAAGCAGGAGCUGGAGUGGGUCCAAGCCUGGAAGAAAGGUACCGGGUGUUGGAGGUCCAGCUAGCGAUGCAGACGGCGAGGCUUGAGGAGAGGAGGGCUCAGGAUGCAGACAAAAGGGAAAGCCACCCAGCUCGCCAGAAAGGUACCAGGAUUGGUGCAGAAGUUUGGGGAGCCCAAAAACUAUCAUGGCUUUCGGACAGAAAUGCAAUAUGCCCUCAAUCUGCAGUUUGAUGAAUUCCCUGACGAGGAAUCACGAGUGGCUUUCGUGAUUGAGCAUCUUGAAAAGGGGCGAGAGACUGGGUUAGACCCCUGAUGGCAGCGAAUAGUGACGUCCUAAAGGACACAAUGAAGUUCUUUCGCGCCAUGGAUCUGAUGUUUUCCAGCGAUAUUGAAAAGGGAGUGGUGCGCAGACAGUUAAUGGGUUGCAAACAGGGAGCCGAUCUGUCCGUGAGUACUGGACUGAGUUCACCAUGCUUGUUCACAGAUUGGGGUGGGACUUAUCGGCGGAACCCAUUCAAAUGCUCUUUGAAGAAGGGCUUUCUUCGGCUGUGAAAGACGGACUUUCCCGGGCGCCCAGGGCGGAGUCUAUGGACCAGCUGACCAAAUCAGCGCUGGCCAUAGGAGCGCGCCAGGAGGCGAGAGCAUUGGAGAGGCGGGAAGGGAAAGGGGAACGUUGGAAGGAGUUCCGCAUUCCAGACAUUCCAGAGCCAACAAUCCCACCGGCAGAGCCGAUGGAAAUCGGAACAGCGCGCGCGCAUGGUUUCAAAGCACAGUGAGGGGGCAAAGAAGGAGGGAAAAGGCGCCCGGAAAUGCUAUCUCUGCCAACAGCCAGGUCACUUUGCCAGAGUCUGCCCCCAGAGGAAAGAAUGGCAAGGGAUGGUGGGAGCUGUGGAUGGAAGAGAGGAAGAAAUACCGGAGCAAGUAAAAGCCAACGCCUGGCUGCCACUGUCGGGGCACAGCAGCCAGGCCAAAGAGCAGUGAGAGUGCCCACGCCAGAACCUCCUAAACCCGCCCUAGUGAUAGAAGUGACGCUAGAGCUGCCAAACGGACACCCUCUAAAGAUAAAGGCGCUGUUGGACUCAGGCAGCUCCUGCAAUUUCAUGAGCAAAGAGUUUGCAGCUGAACACCAGAUACAGACAAUCCCUUUAAGCAGCCCCCCUGCAGGUGACCACGAUCGAUGGCAGGGAGCUGUUGGGUGGAGAAGUCAGCUUGCAGACCGUCCCAAUGAUAAUGAAGGUAGCAAGGCACACCGAACUGAUAGCUUUUAAUGUGGCCACCUUGGGAGGAGCUCCCAUUAUAUUGGGGAUGAGCUGGCUAGCGUUACAUGAUCCGCUGGUGGGCUGGCAUCAGAGAGUGGUUUCUUUUGGUUCAGCACAUUGCUUAGAACACUGCAAAGAGGGAAAGGGUUUGGCAGGGGUCCAAGCCACCCAAGCCGGGACUGAAGUAACAGAGAACGAGAAGGUACCACGACAAUACGCAGAUCUCCGUGACGUCAUCAGCGAAAGGGAGCUGACCAACUACCCCCGCAUAGACCCUUUGACUGUCAAAUCAAUUUACUCCCUGGAGCACAGCUCCCUGUAGGCAAGCUGUACGCCAUGUCAGACAGAGAGAUGCAGGAGUUAAGAGAGUUCAUUGACAAGAACCUGAAGAGAGGGUUCAUCAGAGAGUCCAGGGCGGUGGGGGCAGCCCAGUGUUUUUGUGGAUAAGAAAAACACGAACAAGCCGAGGCUGGUGUGUGACUUCAGGGCCUUAAAUGCAGUGUCAGAACCAGUAGCCUUCCCUAUGCCCAGGAUUGACGACAUUUUGACAAGGGUGCGGAAGGGAAAGAUUUUCACAAAGCUGGACCUAAGGGGGGCGUACAACCUGGUACGAAUAAGGAAGGGGGAUGAAUGGAAAACCACUAUGUUCACCCCUUUAGGGGCAUUUGAAUAUUUGGUUAUGCCCUUCGGCCUACAAGCAGGCUCCACAACAUUUCAAUCGUUUAUGAACCACGUCCUGGGGCCUUUGCUUUACAAGAAUUGUGUGGCCCUUUUAGACGACGUGUUGGUGUAUUCUGAGAAUGAGGAGCAGCAUGUGAGAGACGUCAGAGAAGUGUUGAGCAGGCUGCAAGCCAACCAGCUGUGGGUGAAACUGGAGAAGUGUCAGUUUCAUACCAAGGAGGUGGAAUUCCUGGGGUAUCGCCUGUCAGACAAGGGAUUGGCCAUGGAUCCCGGCAAGGUCCAGGCGGUGCUGGAAUGGAAAACACCCAAAACAAAGAAGGAUGUGCAGAGGUUCCUAGGAUUUGGGAACUUCUAUCGUAAGUUCAUCCGAAACUUUGCCCACCUGACGGCGCCCAUUACGGACUGUCUCAGCAGUAAGAAGAAGUUCGUGUGGACUGAGGAGGCGGAGCGAGCAUUUGAGGAACUAAAAGGGCCUUCGCCUCGGAACAACAACUCCUGCAUGUGGAUUUACAAAAACCGAUGAGAGUGGAAACUGACGCAUCAGACAGAGCGAUUGGGGCGGUGCUUCUGCAGCCAGGGAAGAAGGGGUCAGAGUGGAGACCGUGUGCCUUUUUUCGCGAAGCUGAACAAAUCCGAGAGGAACUACACGGUGUAUGACCGAGAACUACUAGCCAUUCAUGAGGCGUUCCGGAGAUGGAGGCACCUGCUAAUUGGCGCACAACAUAAGGUGCAAGUGUGCACUGACCACAAGAACCUAGAGUAUUGGAGGACGGCACUAGUUCUCAUCCAACGUCAAGUGAGAUGGGCCCAGGAGUUCUCCGAAGUUAACUUUGAGAUUAGUUACGUGCCAGGCCCAGAGUACAUUAGGGCGGACGCUCUCUCACGCAAACCUGAAUAUUUGGAGGGAAGGGGCACCCGAAGAGAGACAUGUCAUUCCAGAGGACCGCUGGGUGUGUGGGGCGGCAUUGGUGGGACAAAGAGAACUGGUAGAGGAAACAGAGAAUGAUGAAUACGCCCAGAAUAAGCUCAGAGGUCUUAGGGGUGAGGGAGAGGAACCAGGGGUUUCGAGGAAAGAAAUGGAGCUUUGUAUUACAAAGGGGCACUGUAUAUCCCUGAAGGAGACUUAAGGGGAGGGUACUCAAGCAGUUGCCACGACAGCCCUACGGCGGGGCAUUUUGGACAACACAAAACCAUGUGGUUGGUCACCAGGGAAUUUUGGUGGCCUAAGGUGAGGAAGAUGUACGUGAGUAUGUAAGAGGGUGCGAGCAAUGCCAGCGAGCCAAAGGGGAAAGGCGGGCGCCGGCGGGGCUGUUAGAACCCUUACCAACCCCAGAACGACCUUGGGAGGCAGUGUCGAUAGAUUUUAUGACUGAUCUGCCGAAGUCCAAAGGGAAAACAGCCAUCAUGGUGGUGGUAGACCUACUAACAAAGAUGUGCCACUUUGUAGCUUGCUCGCAUGCAGUCACGGCGGAAGAGACAGCGAAGUUAUUUGUAGAACACAUUUUUAGGUUGCACGGGGUGCCAUUGAGGGUGGUCUCAGACCGAGGAAAACAAUUUACUUCCAGGUUCUGGAGGAAGCUCAUGAGCUUACUGCAGGUGGAGGUCAAUUUUUCGACUGCCCGGCACCCUGAAACCAACGGGCAGGCGGAAAGAGCAAACGGUGUCCUCCAGCAAUACCUGAGGUGUUAUGUCAAUGACAGAGAGAAUGACUGGGUAGAAAAGUUGGCGCUGGCGGAAUUUGCCUACAACAAUGCCGAGAAUGUGUCCACAGGGAUGAGCCCCUUCUUGGCUAAUUAUGGGUGUCAUCCCAGGGCUUUCCCAGGGGAGAUGGGGAGAGAUGGAGCGUCCCGGCAGCCGAGCAUUUUGUGGAAGAAAUGGAAGCAAUCCAUCGUCAGCUCCAACUCAACUUAGAAAGGGCGAAGGAAGAAUACAAGAGGCAGGCAGACAAGAACCGAAGGGAAGGUGAAACCAUAAGGGUGGGAGAUAGGGUGUGGCUGUCAACCCAAGGGUUGCCGUUCAAAGGAGGUUGUAAGAAAUUAAGACCCAGGAGGUUGGGUCCCUUUGAGGUCAUUCAACAGGUCAAUCCAGUGGCUUUCAGGCUCCGGUUACCCAACCACAUGAAACUGCACCCAGUAUUUCACAGGUCGUUACUGUCACCGUACGAAGGGGAACGAGAAGGGCUGGCCACUCGGGGACCGGUCGUAGAAGAAAGAGAAUGCAGCAGCCAUGUGGCAGAAAUCCUCGACGCCAGGUGGAAGGGGAUCAGGUGGAGUAUUUGGUAGCGUGGGAAGGAGAACCGAGUCAGAAAACACUUGGGUAAUGGCUGAAGAUAUCAAUGACGAGGUAUUGAUAGAAACGUUCCAUCAAAGGUUCCCAAGGAAACCUCAGCCUGUGGAGAGGUUCCGGAGGGAAUACUUUGGGACCACUGAUGAAGGGGAGGAGUUGGAAGGAUUCCCGGACUCGGAAGGGGAAGGGGAGAUGGACUCUGAGGAGGAGGUGUACUUCGAGACCAGGAACCGCAACAGGUUGAGAGAAGUGUUCGAGACAUCGGAAGAUGAAGGAAGUUCAUUCCGGGGUUUUGCCUCCUCACCGCCCGUAGAGGAGGGGGCGAGAGGGGGUGAAGGGGGCCCUGGAGGGGAGGUGGAUGUCAGGGAACUGCCAUCGGACGGAAGGGAGGUGAAAGGGCUCACACAGGUUGGGAGAGACGCAGCAGCUGAAGAGGGAACCAGCAGGGAGGUGAAAGGGCUCACACAGGUUGGGAGAGACGCAGCAGCUGAAGAGGGAACCAGCAGGGAGGUGAAAGGGCUCACACAGGUUGGGAGAGACGCAGCAGCUGAAGAGGGAACCAGCAGGGGAGAGGAGCUGAGCUGGAGGGAUGGCUCAGAGACACUUCCAGCGAAAACAGUGGGGAGGUUUCAGGACCUCCUGUAAGAACACCCACUCCUCGCCGGAAACUGUCACGCAGAGAUUCCAGAAGACGUGUUUCCGUUAAGGAGCUUUUAUGUUGGAAGCGAUUACGAAAGCAACCACUGUCGGAAUCUGCUAGUGACUAGAGGUGCCAUGUCUGAGGGGCUCCGUCACAGACAGAGGUUUGUGGACUUGAACAAACUCUGAGGGGAUACGCUUUUACGCACAAGCAGCUCAUCAUCCCAUCACAGGUGCCAUAUCCUGAGUCAGGGCAGGGGUCCCCCUAGUCCCACCCCAAAGCCCAGGAGAGCCUUGAGCUGCAGCCUUCAUUCCUUUGCUCCAAGUCUGGGCCAUAUCAGGAUGGAUUUGUGGCCUUUCCAAAGAGCCAGAGAGCAGGAGGCGAGGGCAUCAUCAGCGCAAGAUCCCGUCACCAAGUCCCCUCUGCAACAUGCCAGCUGGAACGGUUUGCAGCAGCCAUGCAAAAGAAGCUUUUGACACCAAAAGAAGCCGUGACAACUUCUAACAUGCAAAUGCAUCUUACCAGAAACGUGGAAAACGGAUGACUCUCCCUUUGUCCACAAGCGGCUCUCUUGCUUGAGUUUGUCUCGACUUGCGUUGGUCCCCUCUUAAAGCACAAGUCUGCUUCAGGCACAGAGGCCACUUCUCCUUUUAUCUGUUCGGGAGUGACAAAGUGCAAGGGGACAAGGAUCACUUUCAGGAGGAUAAGGAAGUUGUGAGAUGGUGGGAACCCAUUUCCACUCGUCAGCAUUUCACUCCAAAAAGGCUCUUAAACAGAGCAUCAUAGAGUUGGAAGGGAUCCCAAGGGCCAUCUAGUCCAACCCCCUCCUGCAGCCUCCCCACAAGUCGGAUCCAUGCAGAAUCAAGGUCCUUAGUUGCACAACCCUCCCUUUCCUGGUAUCCGGACCCAAAAUGGAUCCAUGGAAGCUGGUUGGCUUCAUACAGCAGGGAUUGACAUCACGGGGGAUCUGUUCUUCCCCCGGGGCUUUUGGGAAAGAGGUUGUCAGCAGGGCCUCCAUCUUGGCCUCAGACAUGUGGGCUCUUGGCGGUAGAGGAAGGUUUCCCUCAACAUCAUAUAAAUUCAGCCACAACCAGCCUCAAUUUAUAUGAGAUUAGGAGAAAAGAGGCUUUCUGGAGCAAAAGCAGUCGACCCCGGCAGAACUGCCCUGAGAUGUUUGGGUGAAGGGCGGUAUACAACCAAUAACAGUGAUAAUAAAUAUUGUCUUCCAUUUUUAUGCACUGUGGGGGCAGCAGGGCCAUGCUCUGGGGGAACCCACCAAACCCCUCACAGAUGAAGGAGGAAAUUCUGUGUAUUCAGGGGGUGGAAGAGCUGACAGGAAUUUGCCUCCCGGUAUAAAUGUGAUGGGGCCGUCCCUUCAGGCAGGCGUGGGGAACCUUUGCCCCUCCUGAGGCUGCUGAACUACAACUCCCACCACCAGGCGCUUUGGCCAGGCUAGCUGGGGCCGGUGGGAGUUGCAGUUUGGCAACAUCUUUUGCCUGGAAAAGCAAUGAGGACGGAGAUACGCUGAAUUUUAAAUCAUGAGAAGGUGAAAAUUUAUAAAAGUUUUAUGAACCAUAUUCCAAGGAAGAAUUUGUAUAGCGUUUGGGAGAAACAUAAAAAUCUGCUGGAAAGGAAAACACCUUUAUGACUCUCUCCUAUUGGGGCUGUUACAAUUAAGACAGUUAAUAUGGACAGACAAUGGGCAACUUACAGGGAACUGCUACACUUUACAGAGGGGGAACCUAAACUGAAAUCAAUGGAAAGUGUAGGGAGCCAUGUGACAGAGUGGCUGCAAUAUUAUCAGUUACAUGAAAUGUUUAAAACAGACAGGAGAAAUGCUUUUUUGGACCAAAGCUCACAAUUUGAAAAAGAAGUUCUACAAAACAAAAAGAAACUUUUGUCCCAAAUGUAUAAUUUAUUAUUAGACUGGGAAACAAAAGACGAGCUUGUCAAAGUCUCAAUGACACACUGGGCAAUAGAUAUAGGACACAAUAUAGAGUUUAACCUCUGGAGAAAAUUCUGGAAAAGUGACUUGAAGUUUACAGCAUGUUAUUCUUUGAAGGAGAACUACCUGUAUUUAACUCCGAGUAGACUUGCUAAGAUAGGGACGCGGGUGGUGCUGUGGGUUAAACCACAGAGCCUAGGACUUGCCGAUCAGAAGGUCAGCGGUUUGAAUCCCCACGACGGGGUGAGUUCCCGUUGCUCGGUCCCUGCUCCUGCCAACCUAGCAGUUCGAAAACACGUCAAAGUGCAAGUAGAUAAAUAGGUACCACUCCGGCGGGAAGGUAAACGGCUUUUCCGUGUGCUGCUCUGGUUCGCCAGAAGCGGCUUCGUCAUGCUGGCCACAUGACUCGGAAGCUGUACGCUGGCUCCCUUGGCCAAUAAAGCGAGAUGAGCUCCGCAACCCCAGAGUCGGCCACGACUGGACCUAAUGGUCAGGGGCCCCUUUACCUUUACCUUUAGACUUGCUAAGAUGUAUAAGACAGAAUCAGAUAAGUGCUGGAGAUGCAAAGAGGUUGAGGGAAUGUUCUUUCAUAUGUGGUGGACUUGUAAAAGGGUAAAGGAGUAUUGGGAAAUUAUUCAUAAUGAAUUGGAAAAAUGUGUAAAAGUACUUUCCCUCCAAAAACCAGAGUCCUUUCUGUUGGGAAUUAUUCAGACGGAAAUUCCCAGGUGUCAAAAAAAGUUAUUUAUGUGUGCCACCACCGCAGCCCAUGUUUUCUUAGCCCCCAAAUGGAAAAUGAGCGAGGUCCCAACCAAAGAAGAAUGGCAACUUAAGUUGAUGGAAUAUGCACAACUUGCAGACUUAACAUAUAGAAUAAGAGAACAAGAAGAACAUACGUUUAGAGAAGAUAGGAAAAUGUAUAUUGAAUAUAUGGGAAAUAAUUCUGUACAGCUGAAAAUGCUGGCAGCAUUAAGAUAAAUUCAACAGUGUAAAUAAGUUUUGAUGGCUGUAAUAAUGGAAUACUGAUUGGCAUAGUUUUUGUAAAAUAUGCAGGGAUUUAUGAUAUGCAAAAGGAACCUUGGAAAGAAAAGAAGGGAAGUCAUUGAUAUUUUAAGGAUGUAAAAUGAGUAUUUUAAAUUGUAAAAUAGAAAAUUUAAUAAAAAUUAUAUAAAAACAGAAAGGGGUGAAUCUUUGGCAUGGAUUGUGCCCCCUUUCCCCUCCCUUUUAGAGCAUCACCCAGAAGGGCAGACUUUGACUCCAACCACGAACUGCCCCUACAAAACCAAGUGCAGAAGGUGCAUUGUAGCAUUUGCAAAAUAUCCCCCCCAUCCCAAUUCCCUCCUGCUGGAGGGAUAGACUCAUUACUGCCCUUGAUUGGGACACUAGACUUCUGCUGAGGCAGCCUGGAAUAGCAUUAGCCUUUUUUGCUGCUGCAUCACACUGUGGGCUCAUGUGAAGCUUGUGGCCUGCUAAGGAAGGAACUGAUUGACUGUCUCCUCACAACAGAAGAAAGCCAGUUGCAACCAGAAUACUGUUACUUUCCAGAUGCCAGACCACACCAGGUCUGAUCAGCAGAAUGGGUUUACUGAACCUUUACUGGAUUUUUGUUCCUAUUUAUAUUAAGUAUUUCAUCAUCCUCAUCAAUGCCACCCUGAUGAAUAUACCUGUGUGCCAGAUACGUUCACAAACACACACUUGUUGCCUUCACAGCACAUAUGUUUCACUCCAGUUCUAUGCAUGUGAAAUAAUGUUUGUGCACAGCUGGAGUUAGCCACAGUCGGAGGCAGCGAUGCCUCUGAAUUGCAGUUGCUGGAAAAUUCAGAAGGGGAGAGUUGUUCUUGAGCUCAGCUCCUGCUUACAGACUUCCCUUGGGGGCAUCUGGCUGGUCACUGUGAGAACAGGAGGCUGGACUGGAGAGCUCUGUUGGUUAGAGCGUGGUAAUGAUAACGCCAAGGUUGCAGGUUCAAUCCCCGUGUGGGGCAACUGCAUUGCAAGGGGUUGGACUGGAUGAUCCUGGGGCUCCCUUCCAACUCUUCAGUUCUAUGAGUCUGUAACUUGAGGGCCCCUGGCCUGAUCCCAGAGGGCUCUUCAUGUGUUCAUAUGCAGCAUUAAUGAAACAUAAAACAUGGAAAUCUUUGCUGAGCUGUUUUGCUAAGAGCAGAGAUCCUGUUAGUAUCCUGUUUUGCGGUGAAAGGUCCCUCAAACGAAAGAAGGAAAUGGCCAGCAAGAAAAACAACACACCCUCCCUAUCUGUUGACUUCUGGAGCUAGGCAGGGUGUUCUUUCAUGGCCCAUGAGAGAUCACUUUCGCUUUCCCGCCUCCCAAAACCAACAAACCACACACACACAUUUUUUAAAAAAACAACCAGAAAGAUUUCUUUCUUGCAGGGAGAAGCUGUGUUCUGAAAAAUCCCUGGUGUGGGGCAGAAGAAGUCAUUUCCAUUCCUCCCCCCUACUGAUUUUUUCUUUUUCUAUUUGUACCACCCCCCCCAAAAAAAAAAUGGCAAAGGAAACACUACAGCUCUAAUUUUGGGAUUUGUCAGUCUCCAUGUCUGCAAAUUUCAGGCAAUUCUGGCAGGGGAAAAAAGGGGAAGGGAAAUGUUCUUUUAAAAAUAAGCUUUAAAACCCAGAGGGAUGUUCCUGCAGAUUGUCAGGCUCAAUCCACCAUGGAGGGACUCCUUUAACUGCCCAUUUAAUCGAAAGGAAAAGAUUCAUUAUUAUACACGCAAGCCAAAGUUUUGCUUCCAAGAGCUUCACGACUCAGAUUUUCUUCAAAAAGUUUUUAUGUGUUUUAUGUUGAGAUAACCUCAAAUUAAUUUUGAAAGGUUUUUUGGUCCAAAAUUGGGUGUAGGAGAAUUUUUUGAAAUUUUCGAUUUUCAGGCGAUUUAGGCUAAUGCAAUUUCUGCGUCAGUGUAGGAAAAACCUCCUGUUUUGCUUAUUUUUCAACCGAUUGGGCUUAUUUUGGUAUCAAAAUAAAGGUCAUUGUGGUCUCUUUCAAAAUAAGGUAUAAAAAUGGUAUUAACUGCCACAGAAAAGGGUCACCGACUAUUCAAAGUGAAUUUUUGUCAUUUUAUUCCUGGUAGGUUCAAUAAGCCAUAGUGCGCAAACCACAACUAACACAUGUAUCAUACUUUUGUUGAAGAAUGGGCUAACCAUGUACUUGUUAUAAAAAUAAGGAGGGUGUUUUUUGUGGUUAUAAAAUAAAUUGAUUUUGAAGUAAAUUUUUUACAAAACAAAUUACUUCUUUGGACAGGUUUAAUGUCUCUUUGAACCUGAAAUAACUCUCACAUUCAUGAGAAUAGUUAAAAUUGUAACCUCUUAUGUUACAGUGUCAUCUGAUUUGUUUUAAAAAUUAAGUUUUAUUGAUUAUAUAAUAAUAAAAUGCAUCUCAGACCCCUUGUUCAUUUUAUGGUGUAAAACACUUCUGCAAGAAAUUGCAUUAGCCUAAAUCACAUGAAAAUUGAAAUUUUCAAAAAAAUUUCCCAUGUCCAAUUUUGGACCAAAAAAACUUUAGAAAUUAAUUUGAGGUUAUCUCAUAGGUAUCUACACAAAAAAAUUUUUUGAAGAAAAUCUGAGUCAUGAGAGCACGGUCGAGUAUUAAAAUCAGGUUGUUUGGCGUGGAAUGACCCAAGAGCUCUAACCCAGCCUCUAGCAACAGGUCAAACAAAGCAGACCUUGAGCAUCUCUGAGGCAGGUUGAGAUACAGAAGACUUAAAGUCAAACCUUGUGGCUGCUGCUCCCUGCUCCCAAAUACCAACCUGUGGUCCGUCUGAGGUGCGGGUCUCCCUCCGUGUGGGUCUCCCUCCGUGUGGGUCUUUCUCUGUGUGGGUCUCCCUCCGUGUGGGUCUCCUCCUCCUUCUGCUGCUCCUCUUGGGUGCUUCUCCCAGAACUGCAGGAGACCAAAUGCAGCUCCUCUGAAAUUAUCCUCCCAGAGGGCAGUUUUGUCCUCUCCUGUAGCCAAUAGAAACAGAUAUGCAAUUCUGGGAAGCUGUUUUGGCUUCUCAGAACAUGAUCUGGCUGCUAGCCAUGAAUGCUUUUGGGGUGGGUGUGUGGAGCUCCAUUUUAUUCAGCUCAGAACAGAGUCAGCCAUCGACAGAGAGGGAGAGAAGAAACUGCAGAGCAGAGGGACCAUCGAACACGAGAGUCUUCUUCAAGCUCCAGAGGCAUCACAAAGAAGGUACCGUUUCCUUUCUUGUCUUAGGAACAUCCGAAGCUCCCUUUGCAAGGAGAUGUCACCUUUGUCCUUCUGGCUCAGCAAUGGCUACCUGCCCCCCUGGAGAUGCCAGCGGUUGAACCCGAGACCAUCUCUAUGCAAACCAGAUGCUCAGCUGCUGAGCUGUGCCCCCUGCCCCAAACCACAUGGAGAAAAAAGGAAGCUGUUUUGUACUGAACCAGACUGACUGGUCCAUUUAGAUUAGUAUUGUCCACACUGGCAGUCAGUGGCUUCUCCAGGGCUUCUGAGUGGGGAGGUUCCGCGGAGGGGGGCUGGAAUGGCGACAUCCAGCAGCAGCAGAAGGAAGCAAGUGGGAGAGAGUCCGCUGGGUAAAGGGGGGGCGGAGAGGCACUGGAAGUGGUUGGCAUCAGCCCCCUCCCCACUGAAAAGCAGCUGCCUUUAAGAGGUGGUCAUCUGUGGAGGGUAUUUUCAUCAGGACUAGGCCCCAAGGAGCCUACAGACCAUCAUCCUGAGUGGCUGCAGCUGUUCAGGGCCCUCCCCAAACCAGCCCACCUGCCUGGGAGCUGCAGAAGGGAGGAUAUCAGGCCAGGCUGCCAGGGACCCCCAAGGCAGAAGCAGAAGCAGGUAAGGGGGGGGGGAGAUGCAGCUCUGGCUGGAGGAAGGGAAUAUCCGGGUGCUUUCCCCCCCAAAUGCAGAGGGUGGGAAGAUUCUUGAAGAGAUUGUGAAGGACAAAGUGUUAGGCAUGUUUGUUUAUUAAUGCUUAUACACCUGUUGGUGGUAAAAACCACACACCCUCAAAUCCAAAAAGAUAGAACAACGAAAUUAUCAACAGGAAAAAUUAGCAAACCUAAUUUAGGACCAAUGCAUGUAAAAAAAGUCAUCAGCUGCCUCCCUAGUAAUUGAAUCCCAAAUCUGCAGGGGCAGAAUAUGGUGCUUUGAGGUUCUUUCAGGGUUGUGUUUACAUCAUAAGCUUCCUCUGGUGAUGGAGAGGAGUUUGGGGAAAGUACUAGUCAAACUGUAUUGCAGGAGCUAAUGAACUUCUUUUUCUGGUUCUCUUCCGGCUCAGCAUUCUGCCUGGACAAUGGAUGAAUGGAGAGCGGAAGUUAGAGGUAAGUCUCUCCCUUCUCCUGACCCUCCUGUGAAAGAACCACGUGAAGGGAAUGGUGAAGGUUGGACCAUUUGUGGGCCACAGUUGGAAGGGUGAGGUGACCCCAGGUGCUUAGGGGAAUUGUUGCAGUGUAUGGACCCUGGAUGGUGGCAAUUCAGGAGCGAAUUCCCAGGCAAGCGGCAGGCCCACAAAUCUGGAAAUGAGCAGCCCACUCUCCCUUAAGGAACAAGACUUAGUGGUGCUGCAGGAAUAGUUGUGGACUUGGGUCUCCAAGGUGUGAGUGUGGCCAGGUCAAUAUUGUUUUCACUCCUGACUGACUUAGGGUCAGCCACCUUAGGGUCUUUCUUGAGAAUAAGAACCUGGGUGGUGUUUCUACAAGGUAAUCUCUCAGUUGGGCUACUGCAGCGUGCCAUGAAACUGACAUCCCUUUAAAACUGUUCAGUCUUGGAUUCUUAGACAUCUUCCUAAUUUCUUUCCAGAGACCACCAAAGCACACGAGAGCAGAAACCUCCAUGAAGAUCUACGGAUUGUUCUUGUUGGGAAGACAGGAGGAGGAAGAAGUGCCACAGGAAACACCAUUUUGGGCGAAAAGAAGUUCGAGUCCAAAGCUUCACUGAAGGCAGUGACCCAGACUUGCAAGAGAGAAGUCCGGGCAGAGAAAUGGGAAGCAAAGCAAGUUGUUGUCGUUGACACUCCGGCCAUUUUUGACACCUGCCUUCCAGAGCAGCAGAAUAAUGCAGAGAUCCAGAAGUGCCUCUCUCUGUGUGAGCCAGGUCCCCACGCCCUGGUGUUUGUGACGCAGGCCGGUCGUUUCACCGAAGAAGAUGCUGUGGCCGCCAAGAGGGUGGAGGAGGUCUUUGGCCCAGGGGCCACAAAGUACAUGAUCGUCUUGUUCACCCGCAAAGAAGACCUAGAGACAGAAAGCCUAGAGGAGUACAUAGGGCUGUCUGGAAACAGAGUCCUGCAGGAUUUGGUGGGGAAGUGCAACAGCCGUUGCUGCGCUUUCAACAACAAAGGGACGGGAGAGGAAAGGGCCAGCCAGGCGGAAGAGCUGCUGGUGACAAUCGAGCAGAUGAUGAUGGACAACCAGAACAAGCCUUUCCUCGAGCUGUUUCCAAGAGGACCUACAAGAAGCGCAGACAAAAUGAAACCAGAGGAAGAAGCAAUGGACACAGACAAAGGAGGACCAAGUAUAUUCCCUAAAGGUAGAGUCAAAUUAUGAUUCGGAAGCAGUUAUAGAUCUCCCUGAGUUGAGAUUCUCAAGGUAGCCCUUCCUUAAAGAAACCCACCAAAUACCUGCUCUUCUUCUUUGUACAAGGAAGAGCCCAAAGGCAGAAGAAUUCUGCACCCAUAAGGGGUGGCUCUGUAACUUGCAAACAUUUUGCAAAUUAUGGAGAUGGGUGCAAGAGUUAGCUUGCUUUGUGCAAUCCACCGCAUGAAUUCUGGUGUAUUUGGAGGGGAUGGAUUUGGGUCAUGGUGGAGGGAGAAAGGCAAUGUCUACUGUAUUAAGAAUUUAGGAUAACCCUGGAGCUGAAUCCUGCCAAAGGCCUCUCAAGCACAGCAUCCUGUUACAUAGAACAGAGGAACCUGCCUUGUACUGAGCUCAGUACUGUCUACACUGAUUGGCAGCAGCUCUUCAGAGUUUCAGGCAGGAGACUUUCCCAGCCCUGCCCUACAAAUACUGCGUUCCCUCCCUCCCCCUCUGUGGGGUAUGAAAUUAACAAACCUCUCUUGCAAGACAUUCUCACACUUUUCAUCCAAAAGACAGGAUGGAGCAUAAUAUGGACUUGUGCAGUAGGAGAAAUUCCUCCUUGUGAUGCAUUUUAAAAUACUGCGUGGACAAAAUUUCAGCGACACUCUUAAUAGUGUUAACGUUCCUUAUUCCUUCCCAAUAGAGCCUGGGAACCAGAGUCGAUCCCACAAGGAUUCCGAACUGCGGGUCGUUCUUGUUGGGAAGACGGGAGGAGGCAGAAGUGCCACAGGAAACACCAUUUUGGGUGAAGAGAAGUUUGAGUCCAAACUCUCCCUGAAGCCAGUGACUGAGACUUACAGCAGAGAGGUCCGAGCAGAGAGGUGGAAGGGGAAACAAGUGGUCGUCAUUGACACUCUGGACAUUUUUGAUGCUCGUCCUCAAACAGAGCAUGAUAUUCUGGAAGUCCAGAAGUGCCUCUCUCUCUGUGAGCCAGGUCCCCACGCCCUGGUGUUUGUGACGCAGGCCGGUCGUUUCACCGAAGAAGAUGCUGUGGCCGCCAAGAGGGUGGAGGAGGUCUUUGGCCCAGAGGCCACAAAGUACAUGAUCGUCUUGUUCACCCGCAAAGAAGACCUAGAGACAGAAAGCCUAGAGGAGUACAUAGGGCUGUCUGGAAACAGAGUCCUGCAGGAUUUGGUGAGGAAAUGCAAGGACCGUUGCUGCGCUUUCAACAACAGAGGGACGGGAGAGGAAAGGGCCAGCCAGGCGGAAGAGCUGCUGUCUCUGAUUGAGAAGGUGGUUCAGGAGAACGGGGACCAGCCGUAUCUCAAGCCGCGUCUGAUGGAGAUGUCACUGAGGUCAGAUGGAAGGAAUCCUGGGGAGACUUCAAAGCAGACAGCAGCAGGGGAACCAGUGAAGGAUGAAAUGAAUGCUGGAGAAAUCCCUGAAGGGCAGCAGAAGAAGAAAUCGAAGAAGGUAGGGUACAAAGGCAAGAGGGUCAUUGGGAAAUGGAAUGCCCACAGGCCCCACGCCCGACACACCCCACCCCCACAGGCUGGGAACAAUAAGAUUUCUCAAAAAUGAUUUCUUCUCAUCUCUGUUCUUGCUAAAAGACUGUUGCAGUGGAAAGCAAGUGAACAGACUGUUUCUCAUUCACGCAAGUAACAGGACAUUAGCUCCCCCCCCCCCCCCUUGUGCCAGGCGCUUGGAGUAGCUUAUCUCUUGGCUGCUAUCCCAAGAGGAAAAUGCUGCAUUCUCGCCAACCAGCUACCACGAACCUCACACUGUCUGGAUUUACAGUUCAGCCACAAAAACCCAGAAGGCCAAGGGUUACCCACCCCCCUGCCCCCAAAUACUAACCUGAAGAAAUGACUUUCUUAAAAAAAAAAAGCAAGUGAAUGCUUUCUGUGAACUUCUGAAAAAGGAGCCACAGCAUACCAUAGGAAUUGCUACUUUGAGGAAUUUGAUACUUUGCCAGAAGCAAGGGAACACAUUGGACACUAGCAAACUUGGCAGAUGAAAACUGAAAUUUGCAACAUGGCUUACAGGCCACGAGAGCUCUGAAAAUUAGUGCGCAGAGAAAAAGACUUUAAAAAAAAAAAUCUCAGCUGACAAAACUUAACCCAAGGAACAGAACUGUUAACCCCUUGCGAAGUUUCCUGCCAUGCUAUCCCCUUUGAGUUAAUAUGCCUUAUGUGCAAAUGUUAUCUAUCAAUUUGUUCUGUGCGAUCGCUGCUGCCUUUGUUAUCUCUUCUCUUAACAGGUGGACUUUUGCCAGAAUACCUUAUGAGCCAGGUGAUGAGGACCCAGAUUGGACCCAGAUGCCCAGACGCUCCAGCCUUGUUGGAAGGGACCCAAGAUGCCCAACGCCCACCAGACGCCCCGACGCCCGUGAGAUGACCACCCAGCCUUCCUGCAUCACGCUGAUGCUUUGCACGGCUCAAGAAUCCAGCGUGGAUUGAAAGAGGACAUUUUCUCAUUUUCUUUUCUUUCCUUUUGCAGAACUGAACUUUACAGAAGGUUGAGGGCCCCUGGAUAGCCUUACAACACCCCUGCAGAGGAGGGUAUUUGUGUGGGACGUUCAAUCAGGGAAAUUAUGCCCCAGCCUCCUUUCAUUAUCUUGCCACCUGGCAGAGCUCCACCCAGAGCCUCCAGAAGCCCCCCUUUGAACCACAGCACCAACUUGGUAAUAACCCUGUGCACGAAUGGCACAGAUUAGCACCGUCUGCACUCUGGCACCUGUAGAUGCUCUGAGGGGACUGCCGCUCCUCCCUGUGCCUUGGAAUGAAUCCUCAGUUACAGCCUCGAUCAUUCCAUCACCAAAUUACUGGCUGGCUUUGUGUCAAUAAAUCAGAGAGCGCCAGUGACAAUCUGCAAUCGUACGUUCCCAGCCCAAACCGUUACACCUGAGUCCACGCCAGGAACUUUUUCUGGCUGCAAUGUGGGCUUCAGAAGGGGGGGGGGUAUCUGCACGCAUGCUUCGCCCCCAGAUUAUAGCGCUGGCCCAAGUAUACCAGCCUGUACCGUCUUGGGACGAGCAGCCUGUACCUUCCUGGGACGAGCCUUUUUAAGAAAAAAGCUGCCCAAAGAUUAAGAGGGGGGAAUGAAGGAAGGUGAGGACAGGUGACCCGAAGUCUAGGCCCGAAGUCACCCCCCACCAAAGCAGGCUCAAAGCUUCUCAAAGCUUUUCAAAAUCAUUUUCUCAGCAGCUAAGCAUCAGAAACAUUCCGCUCUGCUGUAACAAAGGUAGAGAACAGUCCAUUGUUUCUCAGGCCUUUCUCAUGCCUUCUGGCCUUGCUAAAGAACCACACUGCAACUUGCUUUCUGUCCGGGAACCAUGCCAAAGCACAAGAAUGAAACAACUGGAACACACUGAAACCCCCUCACCCCCUUUCCUGCCAAGAGUCCACAAUAGUUCCAAGACAGCUUUCUUUACAUGCUCAGGGGAACACAUCAUGGGGCAGGACUCCUGAGGGAGGAGAAAGGAGGAGGGAACUGGAAAGGGGUAUAUAUGUUUGUGCACAUGAUUGUGAACUCGUGCAUGCUUUUUGUGACUUAUCACACUUGCUCCUUCUACCAGUUCAUGGAUGGUAGAAAUAAAAGCCUUUUCUCCGAAACUAUUCCUUGAGUGUCUGUUGACUCCCACUUCCCUUUCCCAGGCGCAAUAUUUUUCCCACCCGAGGGCAAAGCCUCAUAAGGCUACAAUACCAGAGGGAAGCUGGUCCUGAGGUGAGUGCAACUGAGCAGUUAUCUUUCAAAACUACCAGCAACCGACAAACUGGUUGUCACAGCAACCGGUUAGAACAUGGAGGCCGUUAGUCCUCUGUCAGAAUGUUGCACUUGACUGCAGCUUUACAUCCUACAGAUUUCACCAAUAAGCGGCUUGGAGGGCAUCACCCUUGCCUUCCCUCUUGGCCGAAUAAGAUUGUCUUCCAUGAACACAGUCUCAACAGUGUGUCCAUAAGUGACUGUGGAGGCCAAUUCUGGAUCCACACACAGGGGUGUAGAAAGGGGGAUGCAGGGGGUGUGACUCACCCUGGGUGUCACCCUGACGGGGGGGGUGACAAAAUGGCGGGCGGCACUAGUCACUGCAGGGCCGGCAGAGCGCACAAGCCACGAGUCUUGGCGUCCACAGGCUCCCUGCUUUUGGCCCGCUGCCUCCCCCCCAGCUGUAGGGCGGCUGAGGCCCCACUGUGGGACCCAUAGGGACAGCAUGGGACAGCAUGGCACGGGGCGUGUGGUACCCAUAGGGACAGGGGGCGUGGUGCCCAUAGGGACGACACGGGAGGCAGAACGCCCCACCCCUUUGGGCACUGCGCCCCGCCCCUAUGAGCGCCCCAGGUGCCUGAGAGGUUUCCUCCGCUGCUGUCCACACGUCCUUCCACAGCAGAGACAUAGGUUUCUGGGUGGGAACUGACCACGAUGAGCAUUGCCAAACAUGCCUUCCUCUUAGCUUUUUUCUCCCUUUUGUCCUGAGUUGGUGCUUCUUCAAAGUCCAUGACGCUUUUGGUAAAGGCUGUUCUCCAAUUGGAGCUCUCCCAGGUCAGUGUUGUGGGAAUGUUCAGGGGGGCAGAAGAGGAUAUAUUGUUUAAUAAUAUCCUUCCUAACUUGCGCUGGCAAGUUCUAUAACUUAGCAGAGUUUUAACAUUCCCCUUUAAACACACAGCGGUUAGCUUGGUUGCAAGCUUGUUUAAGCUUCUCAAUAUAGAUUCCUGGUAAGUCCCCUUUAUUUCCCUCUAAAAGAAUAGACACAACACAAUCUUUUGUAAGGAAUAUAAAAUAAGUUUACUCACACAUUCAGUUCACAGUUGGAUCCCUGAAGGCAGACUUAGUUACAGAUAUAUAUACAUGAGUCUCUAUUCCAUAUGGAGAUGGUCUCUUUGUCCUCUGUUGGCUGAAAGCUGAAAGCCAACUGAGAAUCUCUAGCUAAAAAGAGCUGUUGCUCCAAUGAAGGAGGAAGUCGAAGAGAGAGUGGGUGGGCGGGCGGGCUGCGUGCCUGGUCCUUUUGUCACCUGGACAGGUAAGGUCAUGCCCACGUCCAGUCACACGCAAGAGGAAGGAUGCUCCAACCCAGGAGGAAACAGGAAGUUUUUGACUGGCUGGAACAAACAUCCCCUUACAUGUCCACUCUAGGAAAACAAGGCAUGUUGUACUUGACUGCUACUUGUAUAUCACAUCCCACAAAUGUUUCUCAAUUAUCCAUGCUUAUGCUACAUUUUUUAAGAUUUGCCUUGAAAGCAUCUUUAAACCUCUUUUGUUGUUCACCGGCAUUUCGCUUUCCAUUGAUGGGUUGGGAUUAGAGUACAGUGGUACCUCGGGUUAAGAACUGAAUUCAUUCUGGAGGUCUGUUCUUAACCUUGAAACUGUUCUUAACCUGAAGCACCACUUUAUCUAAUGGGGCCUCCCGCUGCUGCCGCCGCGCCACCAGAGCACGAUUUCUAUUCUCAACCUGAAGCAAAGUUCUUAACCCGAGGUAAUAUUUCUGGGUUAGCGGAGUCUGUAACCUGAAGCGUAUGUAACCCGAGGUACCACUGUAGUUGCUUUGGAAGCCCAUAAUCAGGCAUCUAAACAACCUUUGCCUUCACAACCUCCUUAAGCCCAAACUGUACUAUGUUUCUGUGGAAUUCUAAGGCUUAUUCAUACCAUAUUUUCCAUCUAUUAGACGCCGCCAUAUAUAAGACUCCCCCCUAUUUUGAGGGACUCAGUUUUAAGAAAAUGAGGGGAGAUGGCCCAGAGUUGUUGAGCCUCUCCCCCCAUGUAGCUGCGGGCAGCCGGUUGGCCGUAAGGCGCCUUCCCCCAUGCAGCUGCGCAUGGGAAACGAUCCGGGCAGUGCUUCCCACGUGCAGCGGCAUCGGGGAAGCUGCGCCACCAGCAAGUGCCCCCAGAUCGCUCCCCUCUCUCUGCGACAUCUCCCCCGCCCCAUGCCACUAUCCGUGUAUUGGACGACCCUAGUUUUUUCACAUGAUUUUUGUGUCAAAAAACCUCAUCCAAUACAUUGAAAAAUACGGUAAUUCCUCUUGUCCUGCUGCUCCUUUUGGAUUAUUUCUAGAGGUUAAUAAAUGAAUAAUCUCACUGUUUCAUGAGUAUAUCUGGUUCUCUUCCUGGACCAGAACUAACCUUCAGACAGGCUGCCUGCACAAGCACCACUUCCUAUGAAUACAUGAAAUUUCUUUUCUCCUGCAUCAGCUCCUUGGUCCAUCUCCAUCUAGGAGUCGUCUGUGAGAAGGAGCAUCUCAUGGCCUCUCCAUGGCCACUGCUUCUGGCCUCCUCCCUUGGGCAGCUCAUGGUGACUGUGGGAGAGGGGGCAAGGAGGAGGAGAGGCUGCCAUUCUGCUGAUACGCUGGCUGUGAGUGGCAUUGGCCAAGAGAAUGUGAUGCUUUUGACUGAUCUGGGAAAGUUCUCAAGGGGGUGAGAAGGUUAGAAUACCUUCCCGGUUUUCAGAAUGUCUUUACUGAUAUUGCUAGUGAUAUGUUUGCUACCCUGAGCUCCGUUGGGAGAAGGGUGGAUAUAAAUUGAAUAACAACAACAGCAAUUAAUUACUAAAUAAAUAAUUAAAUGCUGAAUAUUAAAAAAAAAUGCAUUGGUGGGUCAAGCUGCCUCUCUGAGAAGCUCACCUGUCAUUACUGAUCUUUCUGAGGAAUAUCCAAUAAGCUUCUUGGGAUCUGUUUGGAAGCAGUCAGCCUAGCCCUUGCCAUUUGUGGCUCAGUCUCUAAAGGAAUGCAGCUGGGUUGAGAAGGAGGAAAAGGCGAACCCAGUUUCUGUGAAAUGCAAUUCUGACAUCUCUGCAGAGCUGUUUGAUAAAAGAACAGAAAGAGAGAUAGCGCAGCGAGAGGCACAUUUGAAAAGAAAGACCACACCAGAGGAGAAACAACUUCCUGUUUCUCAGCAUCAAAAUUGUAUAUUCAGUUGCUGGGUGGAAUAUUCUUUCUAACCACAUGAAUACCCAGAAAUGGCCAACGGCAAGAAGCUUCUGCCUCUCACUGCACUGCAAUUGCCUGCAGUUGUUGAAGGGGGCAACUUUCCUAAAUCCAGAUUCCAAGCAGAGCAAUGGGGGAUCGUCCCACAUGAGAGAAGAGCCUAAAAGGAGCCCUACAGCUGGAACAGGCCAAUGUCCCAUCCAGUUGAGCAUCCUGUUCUCACAGUGGUCAACCAGAUGUCCCUUAGGGAAGAAGCCCACUAGCAGGACUUGGGUGCAACAGGAGCACUCUCCCCCUCCUGGCCCCCAGCGAUGGGCAUCCUGCAACCUCCUCUCUGGCAGUGGAAGUGGAGCAUAUUGCUAGAAGCCAUUGUCCUCCAGGAGUUCACCUCAUCCUCUGUUAAAGCCAGCCUGUUGUUGUUGUUUAGUUGUUUAGUCGUGUCCGACUCUUCAUGACCCCCUGGACCAGAGCACACCAGGCACUCCUGUCUUCCACAGCUUGGUCAAACUCAUGCUGGCAGCUUCCAACCAUCUGGUCCUCUGUUGCCCCCUUCUCCUUGGGCCCUCCAUCUUUCCCAACAUCAUUCCCACCUCUUCCUAAGAGGCCGGCUCUUCUACGAGACAGACUGAGGCAGCUGCCUCAGGCAGAAAAUUCUGAGGGUCGAGGAAGUGGCUAGAAAUGUUUCCUAAAAGCACUCCUUUCUUGCCACUUUUCUGACCCUCAGAUUUUCUCGUGGGAAUUGUAGAACUACCUAAACUGUAUAGAAAUUUGUUUAUGUACGCGACUACAGCAGCAAGAAUGUUACUCACCCCAAAAUGGGAAGAAGCAGAAGUCCCAGAAAAAGAAGAAUGGAUGCAAAAACUUACGGAAUAUGCAGUAAUGGUGAAACUUACCGGAAGAAUAAGAAAUCAAGUUAACAAACUUUUUAUAAAAGAAUAGAAAUGGUUUAUUGAAUAUUUACAGAUAAACUGUAAACAGAUAAAAACGUUAGCAGUAUUAAUGUAAUAACCUGCAGUUUUGUAAGAGUACAUAUUUACAGUAGAUAAAUAAAUGAGCAAGUUAAAUUAAUUUGCAUAUGCAGAAUAUAUUUUUGAAAAAUAAUAAUUUAAGGAACCACAGAAAGAGGGGGAAGGAAGUCAAAAUCUGGAAAUGUUAAAUUGUUUGCAAAACUAAUGAAAUGUAUAAAUUUGAAAAAUAUAAAUAGAAGACUAAAAAAGAAAAAAGAAAUGAGUGCCAUGCGAUGUGCCAGAACAUCACCAAGAGUCAAAUACAAUCCUAAAAACACCUAGCAUAAUAAACAUCUCCUUAAGGGGAUCGAGGGGGCACUGUGGGCGAUGCCAAGCAACAUCAUUACAUCACCAGGGUUGGCUUGAGAGUCAACUCCCAAUCUAGUCAGAUUUGAUGCAGAGAAUGGAAUUGCACCAUCUUCUCCUUCGCCCCAGGCAGCAAAAUGUCUUGGGCCGCUCCUGCCUUGAGGAUGGGAUAUGGUGGCUGCAGCUGAGGGCAGCAGGAGGAGGAAGGGAUGCAUCUGGCCCAAGGGAGCACAGAGCCAUGGACCGUCUCCCGGGCAAAGGAGGACAGGACCUCGACCUUCAGCCGGUGGCUUUCCCAAUGGGCACCUUUCGCCAACAGGCCAUUUGAACCUGGACAAAGAUGGACCUGUGGGCUUGGGCCCCACUGACUAGCGCUUGUUCAAAUUCAAGAUGCAUAACAUAAAUCCCUGCAUACAGUGAUACCUCGGGUUACAUAUGCUUCAGGUUACAUACGCUUCAGGUUACAGACUCCGCUAACCCAGAAAUAGUACCUCAGGUUAAGAACUUUGCUUCAGGAUGAGAACAGAAAUCAUGCUCCGGCGGUGUGGCAGCAGCAAGAGGCCCCAUUAGCUAAAGUGGUGCUUCAGGUUAAGAACAGUUUCAGGUUAAGAAUGGACCUCUGGAGCAGAUUAAGUACUUAACCCAAGGUACCACUGUAUUUUACAAAAACUAAACCAUUCAGUAUUCCAUUAUUGCAUCCAUCAAAACUUAUUUACACUGUUGAAUUUAUCAGGUGUAACACAAAUGUUUCCCAAUCUGUUCUUCUUCUGCUUUUAUUUAUACAUGUGUACACUUUACAUAAGGGACGCGGGUGGCACUGUGGGUUAAACCACAGAGCCUUGGACUUGCCGAUCAGAAGGUCGGCGGUUUCCGUGCGCUGCUCUGGUUUGCCAGAAGCAGCUUAGUCAUGCUGGCCACAUGACCCGGAAGCUGUCUGCGGACAAACAUCAGCUCUCUCGGCCAAUAAAGCAAAAUGAGCGCUGCAACCCCAGAGUCGGUCAUGACUGGACCUAAUGGUCAGGGGUCCCUUUACCUUUACCUUACGCUUUACAUAUGCAUUCAGUCUCUCUGAGGAUCAGAAAACAAUAUAAUUCUCAACAAUCACAUAUUAAGAGGGAUCCCACCAGAAGUGGUUGCUCUGAUAUUUUUGCUGACCAGCUCUUUGCUAUCUUUCAAAACCCGCAGGAAAUAGGAGAGAACUGAGGAUUAUCCUUGUGGGCAAGACUGGAGGCGGCACAAGCGCCCCAGGACACAGCAUCCGUGGCCAGAAGCUCUUUGAUUCGAAACUUCAGGCCAGGACAACCACCUUGUCCUGCCAAAGGGCGUCUUGCACUUGGAGAGGCCAUCCUGUGUCCGUGAUUGUCACAGCGGAUAUUUUGGGCACAGGAGCUUGCGAUGAAAGGCUGGACCAGGAGACCAAGCGCUGCCUUGACCUCUCUCAGCCUGGCCCUCAUGCGCUCGUGUUUGUGACCCAGGUGGGCCGCUUCACCACGGAGGACGAGGAGGCAGCCCAGCGAGUCCGGGAGAUGUUUGGGACGGAGGCCAUGAAGCACACCAUCAUCUUGUUCACCCGCAAAGAAGCCUUAGAAGGCGACUCCUUGUGGGAUUACGUGAUGCAGUCAGAUAACGAGGCUGUCCGGAAGCUGGUCCAAGAAUGCGGGGGGCGCUUCUGCGCUUUUAAUAACAGGGCGGCAAUAGAAGAACGAGAGGACCAGGUCUCUGAGCUGAUGGAGAUGGUCCUGGAGAUGGUCGAGGGGAAUGAAGAGCCAUACCUGGAGACGCCAUCCAUGGAGGCAGCGCUUGGAUCUUACAUGGCGGAAGGCAGGAAAAGGGCCAAGGGAGAGGGGAAAGGGAAAGCUCACAAGGGCUUCAGCUACAGAAAAGUAUUUAUCGCCUUAUGUGUGUGUGGUGCAGUGCUUUACCUGUUACAUUACCAUUGUAAUCGUUUCUUUCAAUAUCUUCCCUUUAGCAAAGCUGGGGAUUUUUAAAGCCAGCCCACCAGCUUCUUAUGAGUUGUCAGGAGGAAAACAAAUAAACUAAUGAACAAACCGGAUUGUCUGGGUGCAAUGCCCUAAGAAUCACCUGCUUAAUAUUUUAUUUGUCAUUGUAUCAGUUGCAAUGCCCCUGUGACUCUGGACAAACAGAAACAACAGAGCAUGUGCUUCUCCACUUCCUAUAUUACAGAGACAUUUGUAUUAGCCUCCUCUCCCCAUUACACCACAAGUACCCCGAGGUGCACAGGACAAUUUUAUACCUCCCUGCUGCUGUCAGAUCCCAACCCUGCUACAACAUACAAAAUUGCCAGGUUCUGGACAGCAGCACUCAAGAUCCAUCGGAUGAUGACCUGCACCACAAACUAGAUUUCAUGAACACUCACAUCAUAGUGCUCUCUAAACUGAUAGUUGUAGUCUUUUACAUACUAAUCUUUUAUGCUCCUCCACAUCUGUUUAAUGCUCCUAACCCCUCCUUUAGUUUCUUUUAGAUUCUUAUAGUCUUUUAGAUAUACCUUCUGUUUUAAUACUUUUUAGCUUUCCAAAACGUUUUACAGAUUCUAAAUGAUUGCACCCCACCCUACUUAUUCUGGUCUAUGGCCGUAAUAAAUAUUUGAUUGAUUGAUGAUUGAUUGCAUCAGUUCAUUCCAUUUCUGAAUCACAUGUCAAACCAACCGAACAGGACAAACGUAACAAUAGAAGCACAUAUGAAACUGUUCCACGCACGCAAACAAGGAAAACAACCUCACAUGUAUGAACCUUAUCAAAGCCAGUACUAGGGCUGGGUGAUAUAUUGUCGGAAACUGGUUUGAAGUCCGUAUCGUGAUAUCGGUUUCAUAAUAUUUGACCUGGCAGUUUAUCGCAAGUCAUGAUGCGUGUGUACUAUGCAGAAAUCACAAUGCGAGAAAAACUGUGAAGCCAGUCAGUGCCUCUACACAGCUCCAUCCAUCCAUCAGACAUUGUGAUAUAUCGGUAUAUCAUGGUGUUUAGCUGGUGAUAUAUCGCCAUGUUGAAAACCAGGUAUCUGUUCACAUCUAUCGCUCCAUCCUUAUUUCAGACAUUGUGAUAUAUAAAUAUAUUGCAGUGUUUAGCUGGUGAUGCAUUGCAGUGAUGAAAACCAGAUAUCGCCGUGCCCUGCAUGCUGCUCCUUCCUCCGCUCUCCCUGAAAUCGUUCAGCUUGUGAGACGAAGGUUCGCUCGGAGCUGAAAAUGAAAGUUCACGGGGCGGAAUAAAUUCAGUUUCCUGAAGCAGAGCAGGGGACGCCCCCUGACUGCCCGAGACAGCAGCAGGUUGGAAGGGAAAAGGCUUUGCAAGCAACUCCGGGGGGGGAGGGAGGCUGCAAGCGGCAGAGAGCCCAAUCCUGCACAUGCAUUCUCGAAAGCCAACCCCACAGAGUCCAUGGGGCUCAACUCACGGCACGUGGACAGAGAAAAGAGACAGAAAAGUUUCCCUCUCUCAUUAGAACUUGUGUCCAGGGCCGGAUUGAGGUUUGAUGAGGCCCUCAGCUCCUGAAGGUAAUGGGGCCCUUCAGAUGUCCAGCUGUCCUUUGUCAACAACAAAUUGUCACUGUUUUUUGUGUUGAAUAUAUGCUAUAUGGUCAUUUAUGAAUUUUGUGAUGCAGUUUUCCAGCCAAACAAUGAAUAUGAAAAUGCAAAAAGCAGGGAAGUGUGGAAUAAAAUACAUAUAUUACUUUUUAAAAAAAUAAAAAAAAAUCCAUGCAUUAUGUUGGGGGAAAUUGCUUGCAAGAAUGUGUACAUACAAAAAUGUUUUUAAGGAGAGACUUGCACUAAAUGCUGGUGAAUUUGCAUGAGGUUUGUUUUAUUUUUAAUGCAGAUUGCUGCACAAAUUUAGAGAGCUGUAUUUGUCAAAAUGAGAAACUGAGAGAGCUGAUUUGAGGCAGGGCUUAGCCUCAGAACCUGUUUUGAGGGCCACAACUCAGCGCAGAAAAAAAUUAAGUAAUUGCAUAUAGAAUAAGGAAACAAAACCCAAGAUUUGGGGUGGAUUCAUGGCCAAAAUAUUUUAAAAUUAUUUGAAGAAUUUGUGGUAGGAUCAGUUUUGCUCUAGUUCCAGUUGCCACUGAGUUUUGCCCUCAGGCUCAGCUGACUAAGCACAGGAACUGAUUCCAUCUCUUGACACAUUUAAAAGCCUUUUUUGCCUGAGAAUGAUAUCCCUGAAGUCUGACAGAGUCAUUUCAUGGCACACCUACUGCACAAUUGUAGAAAUGUCUGGAUUGGUAUCUGUUUAAUGGGUGUGUGGUCUUUUGAAUUUGUAAAAUAUUUCCUCUUCAUGUGUGUCAUGCUGGUGGUUUUCGUUCUGUAAAUCUGCACAUCAGUGGAAAUAAAGAAAUAAGUGGGAUUUUACUGGGAUUUAAAAUAAAAAUGUAUGGACUGCAAAAAUAAAAAUCUGCCACAGAAAGUAGCUUGCAAUCGUUCGUACAGCUGUAACUCUGUCAUUUGCAUGGAGAAGAGACCGGGGCGGGUGAGUCAGCGGCAGCGAGAUAUGGCAAAGCAGUCAGGAUCCCCCAAGGUAAGUGGGAACCAAGGUGCCAUUUAGGAGAUAUCCGGAUCCUGGCCGGCUAAAGGAGUCCAGCUCUCCUCCCAGCUCUCUUGCAGGACAGAGGAAGUAGCUUUUGCAGACCCAGUUUGGUCCUCAUGAUGCUAAUGGAGGAGGUGCUUUUGUCUAUUGUCACUUCAGUGAUAAGGAAAAAUCCUGGGGUGAGGAUUUCCUCCGCUGCCUGGCUCGUCGGGGUGCCACUCCCCGCGGAUCCCUCUGGUCAGCAGGAGGAGGAGUCUCCAGCCAAGUGAAAGAAGCAAAACAGCGGCCAGUAGACCUGAUCUUUAUUUGUUGCAACAAGGUUCAAACACACAGAGAAUAGGAACCCCAAGCUUGGGGUUGCGUGAACUUUUAAGACCUUCCGCCCCUUCCCAUAAUACAUUUCCAGAUACAUCACAAAUAUGUCACAAAGUAGGAGUGCUUGGCAUGUAGAAACAUGAGCCCAUCACCCACUCCUGGCAAUAACCCCAGUUCCUGACACCUUUUAACUACCCUCUCCCCCAAGGAACACGGGCCCCACAGAUUUACAAUAAUCCUCUCUCAAGUUUGCACUUUUGAGGACCCGUGUCCGGGGGCGUUGGGUUUGCUGACCGAAGGCUGCUAGUAGCUAACCUGUUAUGUUGCAACAAACAUUCCAGGGGCAGAAGUGGUGGCCCAGAUCCUGUCAGAAAGAAGACAACGCACAAGAUUCUGGUAAGUGUUCCCCCAUUGAGUUUAACAUCCUGCUGCACAGGAUAGGGAAUAUCAUAGAGGGCUGACAUGUGUCCUCUUUUUCCAGUAAAGGUAAAGGUAAAUGGACCCCUGACCGUUAGGUCCAGUCGUGACCGACUCUGGGGUUGCAGCGCUCAUCUCACUUUAUUGGCCGAGGGAGCCGGCGUACAGCUUCUGGGUCAUGUGGCCAGCAGGACUGAGCCGCUUCUGGCGAACCAGAGCAGCGCACAGAAACGCCGUUUACCUUCCUGCCGGAGCGGUACCUAUUUAUCUACUUGCACUUGGAUGUGCUUUCGAACUGCUAGGUUGGCAGGAGGAGGGACCGAGCAACGGGAGCUCACCCUGUCACGGGGAUUCGAACCGCUGACCUUCUGAUCGGGAAGCCCAAGAGGCUCUGUGGUUUAACCCACAGUGCCACCCGCGUCCCAUCUUUUUCCAGUAGAAGUUGGCAAAUGUGUCCUCUUUUUUGCGCCUCAAAAUAUGUUUGUGUGUGUGUUUAUUCCAUAUAGAAAGCAACAUUUGUGACUCUAGAAUCAUUUUUUUAAAAAAAAAUAUUUUUUAUUGAAUUUUCAAAUUAUAACAACAAAUUUUCCACAAACCUUAAUUGAACAAUUUAUAUAUCCAUAUUUCUACCCUCCCCCCUCUUUGGCUUCCCCUGUAUUUUGUAUUGAUUUAUUUAAAGAAAUUCUAUACCCUGCUGAAUUUACCUCUUAUAUAGUUAUGAAAGUUUAGUCAAAACCUGCCAAUGAGUCCAAAUCUUUAUACUGUCUUUUUAUAUACUGUAUUUUUCGCCCUAUAGGAUGCACUUUUCCCCCUCCAAAAAUGAAGGGGAAAUGUGUGUGCAUCCCAUGGGGCGAAUGCAGGCUUCCAGAAGCUAUCCAUAAGCCUUGGGAGCCCGUCGCAACUUCCCGGGCUCCCAAGGCUUGCGGAUGGCAGCCUGCGGGCUUUUGCGGGAGGUGGGGGAAUUCCCCACCUCCUAGAAAAGCCAAUAGAAGCUGCGCAGCCCCUUUAAAGAGCGCGCGGCUUCUGCGGGAGGUGGGGAAUACUCCCAGAGCUUGUCGGGGCUGGUGGGGGAAGGCUUGCGGAUAGCAGCCUGUUCUGGGGGCUGGGGUCGGGGGAAGCUUGGGCUUCCCCCGCCCCAGCCCCGCGCCGGGGGGGAAAUAAUUUUUUUUUCUUUAUUUCCCCCCCAAAAAACUAGGUGCUCCCUAUGGGCCGGUGCGCCCUAUAGGGUGAAAAAUACGGUAAUUUAUAAAUGGUUCCCGCUCCUUUUUGAAGUCAAUGUUGUCUCUCUCCUGUAUCCUCUGUCAGCUUAGCAAGUUCCGCGUAGUCCAUAAGCUUGGCUUGCCAUUCUUCCUUUAUUGGCAGUUUCCCUCUCUUAUAUCAUAAUCUAAGAUUCCAAGCAGGAAAGAUUCUGGUUUUUUAACAAAGGUUUUUUGUUUUUCAACUUUUCCUCCCAAUUCAUUAUAUAUCAUUUCCCAGUAUUCUUUAACCUUCUUGCAUUCCCACCAUACAUGAAAGAAAGUACCAUCUUUCUCUUUACAUCUCCAACAUAUCUUAGAUCCUGGUUUAUACGUUUUUGCAAUUUUUUUCUGGUGUGAUAUACCAUCUAUAUAUCAUUUUCAAAUAAUUUUCUCUUAAUAAUAUACAAUCUGUAAACUUUAUUUUGUUUUCCAUAAUCUUUCCCAUUCCUCCAACUGUAUAUUAUGCCCAGCAGCCUGAGCCCAUUUUAUUUGUGCUGAUUUUACCACCUCAUCUAAAGUCUCUCCUAUAACAAAAUGUUAUAUGCUUCUUACAGUAUUAUUUCCCUCGACAAUUUCCUUUUGGAAGUUUGAGAAAGUGCAGCUGAACCCCCUUUUGUUAUCUUCUUUAAACUUUCUCAUAGUUAUCUUUAUAGAAAUUCAGGUUUUUAUUUGUAAGCCAAAUUUCUAGAUAUUUGACUUUUUUAUAUAAAUCUCCAUGUUUGUCAUUACUCCUAACUCUCUUUUUUCCAAAUCAGUCAUAUUUUUAACUAUCAUCUCAGUUUUUCCUUUAUUUAUCUUAAAUCCAGCCACCUGCCCAAAUUCCUGAAUUUUCUUUAAAAGUAUUGGGAGGGAUGUCGUUGGCUAUUCUACCAUAAUUACUAGAUCAUCUGCAAAAACUUUUAAUUUAAAUUCCUGUCUUCCCACCUUAAUUCCUUGUAUUGAUUUCUCUGACCUUAUAUUCCUAGCCAAAACUUCCAGGACCAGUAUGAACAGCAAUGGUGAUAACGGACAGCCUUGUCUCAUUCCUUUCUCAGUUUUAAAUCGUUUAGUUAUCACCUGACUUAUAAUUAAUUUUACACUUUGACUCUUAUAUUUUGCCUGUAUCCCUAUUGCCUGUAUCUCCUUAACAGUCACCCAGCUUUAUGGGUGCAGGGAGAAUGUUGCAGGAAAGGACCAUGUCUGCAUGGGAGUCCUGUUUCUUUCUCUCCUUCCUCGCAAUAACAAAAUAGUUCUGCUCCUGAUCUUAAUCCUUUCCACUCCCAUGUGCCCACCAGUGCAGAGGUGCAGAGGCUUGCAGGAGUUGAUCAGAAAUUAUUGUCGGUGAAUCAAGCCCAGUCAACGCAAUGCUUUCAUCGCGGACGCAAUGGCUUGCUCCAUAUUUCAUAAUUCCUCAUAGCAAUCCCACCUGACCCCCACACUCUGGAUAUUUGCACCCCCACAUGCAUGCACAAGAGAUGGGACUCUGGCCGCCAAGAGGGAGGCAGCAGCAGCUUAGGCGGCUUCAGCGGCAGGCGCCUGGCGCCCCCCAGAAUUUGGCACCCGGGUGCCCCACACCCCUUGCACCCCUGGGUAAAGACGGCCCCGGGUGUCCUGUUUCUCGCUUUCCUUCCUCGUAAUAACAACAUAUUUCUGCUCCUGAUCUUAAUCCUGUUUUGCCCUUUAACAGAGACUGGGGAAAAUUUACACACUACCUGAAAGAACACUGUAAACAAUUAAAAACGUUAGCAGGACUACAAUAACACUUGCAAUGUGAAAAAGACUAUGCUUAAAAUUUGAGUUAUAUAGAUAAAUAGGGAAUGGUCUGAGAUGCAGAAGAAGAUGUUGUUUGUGGACUCCAUGGAGGGGAGGAGGGAGGUCAGAGAAUUCAGAGAAUUCAAUAUUUCAUUAUUGCAUUCUACGUUUGAAUGUCAAAUAAUAAAUGUAAAAUUAAUUUAGAAAUUAUUUUUUUUAAAAAGAAAAGGGACAGGUAGGAACGGGGGACUCCCCCCCUUACGUGUAAUGGAUCCCAGGGGAUCCACUGCAAGAAUGUGGUUGGUCAAGGGAGCCGUGGGCUCAAAAAAGUUGCAAAGCACUGCUCUGACGUGAUCUUUCUAAUUCACAGAGGACAAGGAAGAAUCAGAACUGUGUAUCGUCCUUCUUGGCAAGGCUGGCGUUGGGAAAAGUGCCACAGGGAACACCCUCCUCGGACGGGAGAAAAUUCACUCGGCUUUUUCAGCUAAGCCGACAACUCAGAACGUCGAGAAGGCGAGUGGGGAAUUUAAGGGCCAGAAGUUUUCUGUGAUUGACACGCCCGCUGUCUCUAGUUCAAAAUCUCUCAAACAGCACAAGCAAGAGAUCAAAAAACUCUGCAAGUCCAGUCCUUACGUUCUGGUCUUUGUGAUAACAGUGGGCCAUUUCACUCUGGAAGAUGAGGAAAUUGCUAAAAUGGUCAAGAAGAGGUUUAGGAAGAAGUUUGGGAAGCUCAUGCUUGUCUUGUUCACCCACAAAGAGGAUUUGAAAGGUGAAUCCUUGGAGGAAUAUGUGAAGAAAUCCGAAAACGAGGCACUUCUGAAACUGGUUAAGGAUUGUGGGGAUUGCUACUUUGCUUUGAAUAACAAGGCAGCUGGAGAAGAGGAGAAGGAUGUCUCCAAGCAGAUGGAAAAGCUCUGGGAGAUCCUUCACGGGGACGGAUCAAGGCCCUGCACAGAAAAAGGGAAGGAGGAGGAAAGGGAAAAGAAUUGA